CCCCUCACAUGAGUACCGCCCAAAUAUUGUUUAGGGUUUUUUUUUUUUUUUAAAAAAAAAAAAUUCACUGCAACACUGUCCAAGACCAACACAAGACUCAUCAAGCACAUGACAAAUGGGCUCCAUUAAUGGCAGAUUUUCCAGAGUUGAGAGGGACCCUGUACACGCCAGGGAUUGCCAUUGAAAACCCAGUCUUUGAUUUUGAUGAUCUAAGGGAAGAAGAUGGUUCUUUGGGCAAUGAAGGAAGCGGAGUUCUUACUGGCCAAAAGUCUGCAGAUAAUGAAAAUGGUGGUGAGAAAAAGGUAUUUUCUGUGAGACUUGGUAAAUUCAGAAGCACAAAUGAUGAGGGAGAUGGAGGUGGAGGAGCAGCAGUGGAGAGAGCAGAGGAAGAGACUAGCAGUAGUAGUUUGGAUGCAAGGAGAUGUUACUCAAUGGGAUCAUACCAAUAUGUGGUUGCUGAUUUAGAGUUGCAAGUGGCUUUAAGGCCCAAAAGAGCAGCUGCUGCUGCUGGAAGUGGUGAUAGUGUGAGGCUUGUGAAAGGGAGAGCUGGACAAAAUGGGAAUUCCCACUGUGAUGGUGAUGCAGAGGGGAAAAAAAUUAACAGUGGAAGUAAAGGUGAAAGCUUUUCUGUUUCCAAAAUUUGGCUAUGGCCUAAGAAGGGUAAAUUUCCAAAUUCUUCAGAAACCCAUAUGGGCGCUUCCUCUGUUACUGUGGGUUUGCCAUGGAGUGAUAGAUCUCAGGUUACAUGAAGUUAUUCACUGUGAUAUGUACUUUCUGCAAUAUAUCAAUGAAUCUAUUUAAUUUUUUCAAAGCAAGAAAAGAAUUUUUGGCUUUUGCUUUCUUC